UUCUUGCUCGGAGAACUUUCACAAGCUGUACGCGCUUCAUUUGAGAAAUCCGACAAUGAAAAAUUGUCCACCGAGGUCAAAAACUCGGCAGAGCAAGCGUAUUCAGGGUUAGUCAUGUCCACAUUGACAGAGAUCCUCGGAUCAUAUGUGACUGCCAAAAAGGCCUUCUUAAACGGGUUGAAACAAGGGACUUUUCCUGGUGCCUUGAAAGCCAAAGGUGGCAUCUCCGCACUGAUCAACGAUCUAAUCUGUUGUCCAGUCCUCCGACCAGAUGUGUCGACGACUCCUGUCGCUGGUAGUGACCCUCUUUCUUUACAGCGACUAGCUAUAUCCUCUCGAUCUACAGCAAUGGUAGUAGCCCUUUGCUCCGACGUUGUCCUAGUAGGAGACAAAAAGGACGUACCAGAAGACAUUGUAUCUAUUCGCAGAACCGUUUUAGAUGCCUUGGCCAAGGCCAUACGGGACACAAGUGCUGUCUUGGACAAUAAUGCUCGCUAUGGUCGCUUGUGGGCACUGGGCGAACUUGUCUACCGCCUUCUAAUGGCUCGUCCGCACACGUCCCCUCGGCAAGUAAACAACACUGGACUUCAUAUGGCAAAAACUAUGUUGGAGAAGAACUUCGUUGGCAUUUUGACGAAUGCUUUAGGUGAAAUCGAUCUCAAUUACCCUGAUAUUCGAAAUGUGUUAGUAACAUUGCUUCGAGCUUUGGAACAUUUGUCAAAACUCUCUGUUAAGUGGGGCAAGGCAAACAAAAAUCAGCGGGAGGAGGUCGGUCAACAUCAGUCUGAAGAGGGCAAUGAUUCCUCCAAUCCAUCGCACUCAGAUUCAGAGUCGGAUGUGGAUAUGUUGGAGGAUGAGCAGUCCGCCCCAGAUCUAUAUCGAAACUCUGCAUUGGGAAUGAUUGGGGGCGAAUUAGGCGACGAAGACGAAGAUGAUGAUAUGGAUGACGAAGAUGAAGAGGAUGAUAUGGACAUGGGGGAGGACUUAACUGAUGAUGAUGAUGAUACGGCAAGUCAAACUUCUGAGGAUGAAUCCAUGGCGUCAGCUUUGGAACAUGACGAUUGGGCGGAUGAUUUGGAUGAUGAUGCCGGGGACAGCGAUGAAGAUGGUGAAAUGGAGCAAGAAGUCAUUCUUGGUUCGGCAGAUGAAGAUGGCGAAGUGUGGGACGGCGAUUCUGAUGGUCAAGAUUCGUAUGGUACAGACGAUGAGGACGAUUUGGAAGAAGAAGGUAUACAUGCUGAAGGCAUAUUUGAUGACGAUGUAGAUGAUCCCGAGAUGGAUGAUUUCGAUGACGAAGAGGCCUAUGAUGAAACUGCGUUUAUGGAACCCUUCCAGGAUAUAAUGUCUCCGGAGGCAGCCGGCCCAUGGGGUUGGAAUCAGCCCGCCGGGAGGGAGACAGUCAGAUCUAGUGGUUUUACACGAGCAGAUGGUCAAUUUAUGGCAGAUGAGGACCUUCUGGGCGGUCCUCUUGCAAGCAACACCCGCAACUUGACAGAGCAUCCCCUUCUCACCAAUCAGGCAUCGUCAUCCCAUAUCCACUCUUCUCGAUUAUCCGACAUUUUAUACGCUAUUGAGAACAUGCGCGGAACGGACACUAUCCAGAUGUUGGAAAACUUUGUGGCAAAUCGGCAGCAUAACGUGAUGGGUUCCAACCAGCUUGCUUUUUCUCGUAACCAUGACGGAUCAAUGAGUGUUUCCAUUAAUGGAAGAGUGUAUACUGUGGGCGGUCAGAGUCGCAAUGUCACCUCUCCCAACGUGGCCGCGGAAUUCGUCCCCAUGACCACUUCACAGCGAUGGCAGGAGGAACUAAAUAUGCUCCCCAUGUCGCGCAACGAAGCCUCCAGUCGAUUGGUCGUCCAUAUCGUCAAUCAUUUGUUGCCUGAAGCGCGUCGACAAGCUGCAGAAAAGGAAGUGAUGGAUAAAGAGGCCGAGGCAGACCGCAAAACUUCAGCUACUAGUGCAGAAAAAAUUGAGGAAAAUGGCAAUGCCAUAGAUGAGGAAGGAGUUGGAAAUGAUGACCAUGACUGGCAAGAAGAUGACGAGGAUGUAAACAUGGAUGAUUCAGAUUUCGAUUCGCAUGUGUCCGCAGAUGAGGAUGUGGUAACCGAAGAGGGCGGUGCAGAUAGGGGUCCGCGGACGCUGGUCUCUAUACGCGGUCGCGAUGUUGACAUCACUGAUACCGGCAUCGAUUUGGAAUUUUUGCAAGCACUCCCAGAUGAGAUGCGAGCAGAUGUUGUGGAGCAACAUAUGCGAGAGCAACGGAGACAUCAACGGCCUGUAUCCUCCAAUAUCCCCGAGAUAGCUUCACAGAUCAACACCGAGUUCCUCAAUGCUCUGCCCCCUGACAUCCGAGCCGAAGUUAUCAUGCAAGAGGAGAUGGAGAACGCUCGCCGUGAUCAGCCUCCACCACCACCCAGUAUACAGACAGGUCGAACAUCCGGGCACUUCUUUACUGCCAUUGCGAACGAAUUGCGUGUUUUGCAACAAAAUCCACUCGGGGUUGCGUCAAGUUCCGGUGCUGUGCACGCAACCGGUGAUGCACCUUCGACAUUUAAUCCGCGACAUCGUGAAGCCAUUCAGCUUCUGGAAAAGCCAGGUAUCGCAGUCCUAGUCCGUCUUCUAUUCUAUCCACAUGCCUUCAAAAAGUCGUAUCUCUUCAGAGUUUUGGUCAACCUUUGCGAAAACUCCAACACUCGUAAUGAUCUUCUCGAUCUUCUAAUCUCAGUUGUGCACGACGGCUCUGGAGAUCUACCAGCGGUCGAUCGUAGCUUCCAACAGAUGUCCUUGCGUGGCGCUAGCGUCUCUACUCCCAAAGCAACACCCAAAAGUAAGACAGUCGAUACUCCCUCAACGGUUAUCCCUCCAGGACUAUUCAGCGGUCUUCAAAAUGAGCAUGUGCCUACUUUCAUUGCUCAGCGAUGCUUUGAAGCCUUGGCUUAUAUCGUCAACUCCAACACCAAUGCUGCCUCAUAUUUCUUGACUGAGCACGAACAGACUGCUGGGUUGAGAAAGCAUACGUCAAAGAAAGGAAAAGGGAAGGAGAAGAUUCUGCCGCAGACCAAGUUCCCUAUCGUGGUGCUGUUAGGGCUCCUAGACCGACCUCUCCUUGCAAAGACUCCAGGUAUGAUGGAGACAGUAACUGCCCUUCUCUUGACUAUCACCAAGCCUCUGGCGGAUCGAAAAUCGGAGGAGAAUGGGCAAGCAGUUGCGACGGACAAAGACACAGACUCUUCAGCAAAGCCACCUACUAUUCAAAGCUCUCAAGAAGCCUCUGCAGGCCCCGAGCAUGUAGUUGGAAAACAAACCUCGCCAUCGAUACCUCCUUCGGUGCUUAAAUUGAUCGUCAAUUGUCUGACUGCUGGUGAAUGUACCAGCCGGACUUUCAGUCAGACACUUGGUGCAAUGCAAAACCUUGCUUGCCUUCCUGAGUCCAAAGAUAUAAUUUUGCAAGAGCUGUGUGCCCGCUGUCAAGAACUCGGUGCGGCAGCACACGAGCAGCUGCAGGAAUUAGCUGCGGCACUCAACGAUGAGGAUUCAGAUGUGGGAUCAUUGACUUUGGUCAAGUUUUCUCCUCCUACUUCAACUCAAGCACAGCUUCUUCGGUUACUCAAGACCAUUGACUAUCUUCACCUCAAUAAAGUUGAUCCCGAUCCGCCUGCUGAUACGAUGACCGCUGAAGAAGAAGCUGUCACUAAAGUUUUCCAGUCCUUCAAUUUUGAGGGACUGUGGGACCAACUUGGACAGUGUCUAUCAAUAGUGGAGGCAAGAGGCAGCACCGAGCAACUCGCCACGGUAUUGCUUCCCCUCGUAGAGGCUUUGAUGGUCGUCUCCAAAUAUCGGACCAGAUUCUCUCGUGAAAUUCGCUCCCCUUCUAUUGCCCCCGCGACCUCCGAAGGAGUCGACUUCUUUGUAUCAUUCACUACAGCUCAUCGCAAAGUUCUUAAUACAAUUGUUCGCAACAAUCCAUCCCUUUUGAGCGGUUCUUUCUCGCUGCUGAUUCGGAACCCCCGGGUUCUUGAGUUUGACAAUAAACGCACAUGGUUCUUCCAGAAGCUUAAGCGCAAGAAGUCGUCAGCUAUUCCUUCAGGAACUCUUCAUCUCAAUAUCCGUCGCCAGUAUGUCUUUGAGGAUUCGUUCUUGGCUUUGCAAAGGUGGAACGGUGAGGAGCUCAAGUAUGGCAAGCUGAGUGUCAAGUUCCGCCAUGAAGAUGGUGUCGAUGUUGGUGGUGUAACUCGAGAGUGGUACAGUGUAUUGGCUCAGCAAAUUUUCGACCCAAAUUUUGCUUUGUUUGAACCAUGUGCUGCCGAUCAGCAAACUUAUCAGCCUAAUAAGACAUCCUGGAUUAAUGAUGUGCAUCUCUCAUAUUUCAAGUUUGUAGGGCGAGUAAUUGGCAAAGCAGUGUAUGAUGGGCGUUUGCUCGAUGCCUAUUUCAAUCGUGCAUUCUACAAGCAAAUUCUUGGCCGGACUGUUGAUAUGCGUGACCUUGAAAGCAUUGAUCCAGAGUAUCACAAAUCGCUACAAUGGAUGCUGGAUAACGAUAUCACUGGCGUCAUUGAUCAAGAAUUUACCAUCGAAGAUGAUCAAUUUGGCGAAAAGAAAACUGUGGAACUUAAAGAAAAUGGGGCAAACAUACCAGUGACUGAGGGAAACAAAGAAGAAUAUGUGCGACUUGUUGUAUCCUAUCGACUGGAUAAUUCAAUAAGAGAUCAAAUCAAAUCAUUUCUUGAAGGCUUCUAUGAUAUCAUUCCCCAAGAACUCAUCCAGAUCUUCGAACCUGAUCAGCUGGAAUUGCUCAUUUCAGGCAUCACCACAGUUGAUGUUGAUGAGCUUAAAAAUGCGACCCAACUCAAUGGAUGGAAAGCAACUGACCCGGAAGUUGCAUGGUUCUGGCGCGCUUUGAGAAGCUUUUCGCAGGAAGAACGAUCCCGUUUCCUUAUGUUCGUCACAUCAUCUUCCAGGGUUCCUUUGGGUGGAUUUAGCCAGCUGCAAGGCAGCUCAGGUACCCAACCUCUGCAGCUUCAAAAGCUUCAUGGGAAAGAAGGCGGCUUACCUCAGGCAAGCACUUGCUUCAACUUACUCCUUCUUCCUACGUAUGCUUCUUAUGAGCAACUUCGAGAAAGACUUCAGUUUGCUAUCACAGAAACUGGAGGUUUUGGAAAAGCUUAGUGCUUUAUCUCUAUAUUCUUUCAGACUCUUGGUAGAGGCUCUCUCGUAUGACUCCAUACAUUCUUUUUCCUUUCUGUACUUAUAGAUGGCAUUUUGUUUAAAAACAUAGCCCGUUUCAAACAUGCAUCCAUAAUCAAGCUUCGAAAGUGAUGGAGAUCUA